UAAUGCAGAGGAAACUGGUUUAUCAGUUUCCUCUUUGGUUUGUAAAGCCUGUUUUGGGACCUGUAGCCUGGAGAUUUCUUAGAGAUUUGGGAGGGAUGAAAUCUCCAAUCCUGGGCCCAUAUUUUGGGAGCAGCCAGCGUGCUGAUUGCACAGGUGUGUGCAGCCCUUUUAGGGGAGGCCAGGCCAUAAUUCUGGGCUUCACCCCGGAAAACGGAGUCAGGAGGGCUCCACCCCGGCAGUUAGGAGUCAGGAGGGCUCCACCCCGGCAGGCAGGAGGUCACUGCCUUGGAGUCAGGUGGAAGCCAGACUAGCUGUGUGCUAGACGU